AUGCCCAAGCGCACGUACGCCCUCGUCACCAACGCGGCCGAGCUGCGCUCGCUCCUCCUGCACCCGAUCCUCCCGACCGCCAUCCUGUGCACCUCGGCCGACCUCGCCGACAAGAAGCACGCCAACGUGCGCGCGUCGCUGCGGGCGUACAUCGACAAGGGCGGGCGCGUCGUCGUCGGCGGGCCGGGCGUCAACCACAUGGCGAUGGACGAGAUCCCGACGCUCCUGUCGUCGCUCGGCGGCGUCGGGUGGCGGCUCGGCGGGUACCACCGCACGACGCACUUCCUCAACUCGGCGCAUCCGCUGUACAGCGCCGCCGACGCGGCCGUUCGCGCGGCGCUGCCGGCGAGCUACUCGUGCAAGGCGAUCGUACUCAAGGACGUCGACCCGGCCGACAUGGUGUACCGCUCGACGCCCGACAGCGGGUUCGAGAGCCUCGCGAUGGCGAUGGACGGAGGCAAGGUGGCGAGCAACGAGGUGGCGGUCGCGACGGCGCACGUCGGCGAGGGCUGGCUGUCGUGGGUCGGCGACGUCAACCAGGAGGCGGGCUCGACGGCGGCCAUGCUGUGGCUCCUCGGCCUCAAGCAGUAG